GCUGCAGAGAGCUUUGCGGUAUCAAAGUGCCGCCUGCAAGUGUGUGUGUGUGCAUGUGUGUGUGUGUGUGUGUUUCUAGUCUUACACACACGCUUUAUCAUGCCUCGAGCUGUCUGUGUGUAAGAGUUGUGCACACACCUGAGAGGACUCCAUGUUAGCUGUGUGUGUGUGUGUUUGUGUGUAGCUGCUAACUGCUACAGGUAACCUACGCUGGCCCUCAAAGUGCUGCAGCUAAUGUUAACAGCUCCAAACGACCUGCAUGUGUUUGAAUGGACAGCUGCUGCUCUCAGGUCUGUGCACAGACAGUGAGGUAGCUGUGUGCCUGAGCAGGUUGCAUGCACUGCAGCUCAUAUGUUGUGUUUGCUGAUCUGAGGAUGAAGACGUCUCACCUCUCACCCAAGAAGUGUCUUCACCUACUGACUGACUGACCGUCCAGGUAUCUAUCCUGUAUAGCUUCUUCUUGCAUGAGAGGCGAAACGUCCUCCCGAAAGGACACCUUACCCCCCCCCACCCGCUGCUCAUCGAGCUCCACAGCCUACAAAGUAGUCUCCGGGUACUGCACCCACCUCUUAUUCAGGCGUACGUUGACCUCACGACCAUCGCGUUCCUCCUCGUGUACGCUCAGGACAAUCCAGACUCUUCUCGUCCCUCUCUACCUUCAAAAAGCUCCUGAAGACCUCCAGCUCUUCAGUGUUCAGUGAAGAAAUUGCUGAACUCCAUGGUCGAUGGUGAGGUCAAGGAGGGAAGAAAGAGUUCAGGAGCCUCUGAUGUCUUAUGCUGUAGUGUUUAUUUAUGUACCAUGGCCAAGGAGAAUUAGAGACACUCUCAGAGUACAUCAGAAGUGCCUGAACCCCGACAAAACUAUUGUUCAUCCGUACAUUACCUCACGACCGUUGCGUUCCUCCUCGUGUAUGCUGAGGGCAAUCCAGACUCUUCUCGUCUGUUGUUCUCACGUUGGGAGCUCAGUUGUCGUCCCUCUACCUUUUAAAAAAACCUCCUGAAAGCCCUCCAGCUCUUCAGUGUUUAGUGAAGAAAUUGCUGAACUCGAUGGUGAGGUCAAGGAGGGAAGAAAGUGUUCAGGAGCUUCUGAUGUCUUAUGCUGUAUUAUUUAUUCAUGUAGCUUGGCCAAGGAGAAUUAGAGACACUCUCAGAGUACAUCAGAAGUGCCUGAACCCCGACAGAUACCCCGACAGAACUCUUGUUCAUCCGUACAUUACCUCACGACCGUUACGUUCCUCUUCCUGUACGCUCAGGACAAUCCAGACUCUUCUCGCGUCUGUUGUUCCCCAGUUCCCAUGUCUCUACCUUCAAAAAGCUCCUGAAGACCUCCAGCUCUUCAGUGUUCAGUGGAGAAAUUGCUGAACUCAAUGGUCGAUGGUGAGGUCAGGGAGGGAAGAAAGUGUUCAGGAGCCUCUGAUGUCUUAUGCUGUAUUAUUUAUUUAUGUAGCUUGGCCAAGGAGAUUUAGAGACACUCUCAGAGUACAUCAGAAGUGCCUGAACUCAUGCUGGUGGUCCGACUUUAAACCCCUGCAAACAGAAUGUAUUUACCCAUGUAGAAACGUCAACGGCAAGCUCUUUAUUACGUCUAGGAAGACAGCAUAAGGUCUUCACAGUGUUGAGAUAGGUUGGCACCUGCUGUUCUCUCUACUACUACUGCUGCCGAGGACCUCGAAGCCCACACGUGACCCCAACACCUACUGCACCCACAUAUUUGAAUGCUCUCAUUCAUCCGUACAUUAACCUCACGACCGUUGCGUACGCUCAGGACUAUCCAGACUCUUCACGUUGGGAGCUCAGUCGUCGUCCCUCUACCUUUUUAAAAACCUCCUAAAGACCUCCAGCUCUUCAGAGAGUUCCUCCUCUCCAACACUACCAACAAUCUAUCCCCCUCUACUACUCUCAUAGUACUUAUUGAUGCACUAACAUGUCCUUGCUGGAUGACUGAGAACCUCCACCCACAUCAUGUGUUGUAUUUCUUUGUCCUCUUAUUAACUGGUGUGUCAUAGGUCAUGGGUUAGAUCUAUGAAGCUUCUGUUUUGUUGUGUUUCUUCUUUUUUUUCCCUGUCAUCUUUCUCUCUGUGUGGUGAAGUGGCACUAUGCCCGCAGCUACUGUGGAUCACAGCCAAAGAAUAUGUGAGGUUUGGGCCAACAACCUGGAGGAGGAGCUGAAAAGGAUCCGACAUGUCAUCCGAAAAUACAACUACAUUGCUAUGGACACUGAGUUUCCAGGUGUAGUAGCCAGACCAAUCGGAGAGUUCAGAAGCAACGCUGACUAUCAGUACCAGCUACUGCGCUGCAAUGUGGAUUUGCUCAAGAUAAUCCAGCUGGGCCUCACGUUUAUGAACGAACAAGGGGAGUAUCCCCCGGGGACAUCGACAUGGCAGUUUAAUUUUAAGUUUAACCUCACAGAAGAUAUGUACGCACAGGACUCCAUUGAGCUCCUGACCACUUCAGGGAUUCAGUUCAAGAAACACGAGGACGAAGGCAUCGAGACGCUGUACUUCGCGGAGCUGCUGAUGACGUCAGGAGUGGUGCUCUGCGAUGGGGUCAAGUGGCUGUCGUUUCACAGUGGAUAUGACUUUGGAUACCUGAUCAAGAUUCUGUCCAACGCUAACCUGCCGGAGGAGGAGGUGGACUUCUUUGAGAUUCUUCGCUUGUACUUUCCAAUCAUUUAUGAUGUCAAGUACCUCAUGAAAAGCUGUAAAAACCUGAAGGGCGGGCUGCAGGAAGUAGCUGAGCAGCUGGAGCUGGAGAGGAUCGGACCACAGCAUCAGGCCGGCUCUGACUCUUUACUCACAGGCAUGGCUUUCUUCAAAAUGAGAGAGAUGUUCUUUGAGGAUCACAUCGAUGAUGCAAAGUACUGUGGUCACUUGUACGGGCUGGGCUCCGGCUCGGCCUACGUCCAGAACGGAACGGGGAACGCUUACGAAGAGGAGGCCAACAAGCAGCAGUCGUGACAUCGCCGUGAAACUCUCCCAUCCCGAGGUUCAACGUGCACAAUCAAAAGUGCGGCACUGAAGCCAAGCUUCGCCAACCGGAUGAUGAUGAUGAUAAUAAUGGAAGAACACACAACAAAAAAAACAACAAAAAAACAUGCAUACAUCAUUAUUAGCAAGCUGUUUCUCAUAGGCUCUGCUCACCUGUAGACAACUGAACAUGACGGUCAGAAAAUUUCACAGCUGUCCUCACGCAUGCCGCUCGCUGGCUGCGUGUGAAUGUGUGUGAGUUUAGUCUUUUAUUCCUACGAAGCGGUGUAGGCAAGCCUGGUUGGAUCAGUUCAAUUUAACAUGCUUGAAGAGAUGGGAUUUUAGUUUUCCUAAAAAAAAAAAAUGUUCUGUAGAAAAUGUUUUGCACUUUAAAGCUCUAACCUGAUUUUAUAUGGAAAGCUGAAUAAGUUUCUGGUGUCUCUCUCUCUUUCUCUCCUCUUUGUUGCCUUCUCUACGUUCCCAUUUUACAUUGUGAACACAACGUAACUCUUUAUUCUCACGCCUCUCACCACGCUCAGCCUUAAUAUUAGCUGUGUUCUCCUCUUUUUAAACUUUAAUUUAUUGAGCUGAUAGGAUUCAACACUAAGACGCCUCGUGUCGGUACGCUCGCCCCCCCCCUAUCAUCCAAACUCUUGUACGAUAAUGAGAAAGGGAGCUCUCAGUGAGUCUGUUUACGUGCACAUGAAUAUCUUAUUGAAGUUUUUUUUUUUUCAUGUUUAUAAUGACCUGAAUAAGCUCUAAUCCCACUGUGAGAAGCCUUCAGCUAACAAGCUGGUGUACUCUGCUUAUACGUAGAUGGGAUUCGAAAACAAGUGAACACAUUUCCUCUUUACUAUUCGUUCCUGUUUUUUUGUAUUUAUGAUGCUCCGAGUAGCAGUACAUGGAUAUAUACAUACAUAUAUACUGUAUGUACUAGAUGCAUAGGUUUCAUUGGAGGAAUGUGGAUUUGUUUGUGCAUGUAAACACCCUCAAUAACACAAGCACACAUGAACACAGACUCUUUCAACCAAAUUCACCAGACCUUAAAAAAAAAAAGAAAACUGCUGUAGGACAUGCUGAGGUUAUCCUGGACUACUCUGUCGAGAGUAAAUUUUCAUUUUUAAUUGAAUUUAAGGUUUUGUAGAGUUUUAGUGUUGUAAUAAAAGAAGAAGAAACUUUUACUCAUCGGGGGAAAGGAACAAGGAAAAAAAAAUCAAUUAUGCCUUUUAAUGCAUCUUUUUGUUCGAGUGGAUUUCAUUUCACUUGUAGUUUUGGCCUUUUUGAAUGACUUUUUUUCUUUUUGUAUUGCUUUCCAGUACCUUCAUGCUGCGUAGAACAGCCGCAUGUACUUAAAAAACCAAAAACAAAACAAAAAAAUGAAUAAAUGCAGUGUUGUUGAAUAGUAUCCUGAACUUCCAUAAGUGUGUGUUGAAGUGUUAGGUUCAUCACUUUAUUAACCUCCCUCA